AUGACGGACACGAAGGUGGAGGAAUCCCUCUUCCAAAUCAUCCACUGCUACCACCAGUAUGCAGCCCGGGAAGGGGAUGUGGAAACCCUGUCCCUGGAGGAGCUGAAGGCUCUGCUUGUGGACAACGUGCCCCGCUUCAUGGGGAGCCUGGGCCGGAAGGAGCCACACUACAUCACAGAGUUGUUCCAGGCAGCAGACAGGAACAAGGACAAUCAGAUCUGCUUCGAGGAGUUCCUCUACAUCCUGGGCAAGCUGGUCCAGGACUACCACCUGCAGUACCGCCGGCAGCUGUGCGCUCACCACUGCACCCAGCACAGCCUCUACUAG